CCGGGGACCCCGACAGACCUGCCCUGGCCUGGGACUGAGGGGCCGCCAUGAAGCUGGUGCUGUGGCUGCUGUCCAUGGCUCUGGGCCACCACGGAGCAGGCGGGUUCCUGAUGCACCUGGCCAGCAAGUGCCCCCUGGCCGCCGACGGCUCCGUGCUCCGGUUCUACUUCGCCUUCGUCUUCAACAAGAACCCGCUGGUGUGUUACAACGAGCAGGACCGGCUCUUCGAGGCCUGCGACAUGGGCCUGCUCAAUCCCUUGGCCGUGGACAUGGCCGCCGCCAUGAACACAGACCCCGGCUUGCUCCAGCGCGUGGCAGGGGGGCGCCAGGCCUGCCAGAGCCAGAGCCAGCACCUCUGGAGCCGCACGGCGCAAAGGAAGACGCCCCCUAGUGUCCGCAUCGUCUCCACGGCCCUGUCGAACCCCGCGGGGACCGUGCGCCUCACCUGCCACGUCUGGGGCUUCUACCCGGCGGAGGUGGGGGUCACCUGGCUGCGGAACGGGAGCCCCGUGGAGCCCACCGAGGGCGGCCUGAGCCCGGCGCUGGCCAAUGGCGACUGGACCUACCAGACCCAAGUCAGCCUGCUCACCGCCCCCAAGCCCGGGGACACCUACACCUGCCAUGUGCAGCACGCCAGCCUGGCAGAGCCCCACCAGGAGGAGUGGGGGCCCGGCCUGUCCCCGGGGCUGACGGUCAAGGUCAGCGUGGCUGUCGUGGUGCUGAUCCUCGGCCUCAUCUUCCUGGGCACCGGCCUGGUGUUCUGGUGGAGGGCGCCCGCCCCGGGUUAUUCUCCCCUCGCAGGGCACAACUAUGCUGGAGGCAGCACCUAACGCCCGUGGGCACCGAGACCCCUGGCUCCAGUCCCCCCACCCCAGUGGAGGAUCCCGGCUCGUCCUGUCUGUCGCCCCCUCACCCCUCCCCAUGGAGUUGGGAUCUGUGGGACCGAGACAGGACAUGUCUCCGGGCCAGCCGGGCACCGCAGCGAGGACAGCUCAGACCAGGUCGCUCAUGGAGCCCGUACGGACCAGCACCUGCUGCACCCCUCCCCCCACUGUGGCUGUAUAUACUGGGGCCUAUACAUGGCUAUAGAGACCUCCCCUUCCCAACUGCAAGUGUCUGAGGCAAGUAGGAUAAAAUAACCAUAUAAUGACCUGCUUGCUGGCCUCAAGCCCAAGAUUAGAGCCAGCUACCCUAUAUAGACCAGCGGGUCAAUACACAGAUAUAAUGACCUGAAUACAGAUCCCCUACAUACCCCCACCUUCAACUUCUCCCCAGCUCAGAGCCCCAGAGCCCAUACAGACCACACUUGUAUACUGAGGCUAUAGAUGGAGAUAGGGACCAGCCCCUGCCACCCCCUCCAGACAGAGCCCCUGAGCCCACAAGGACUGCCCCCCAUGCACCCCGCUGUGUAUAGCAGGGCCCAUAAAGAGCUAGAGGAACCCCAGUAAUAGAUCCCCAUCCCCACAGACUUGAAGCCCUCUGCCCUGUACAGCUCAGCAGGGCAAUACAGGGAUAUAAUGACCUGAUCAGACCCCUAGCCUCUCCCCAGCCCCACAGAUCCCUCAGCACUGGGGGAUGUGUCCAAUUCUCCACCCCCUGGUACAAUCCCAGCCCCGGUACAAUCCCACUUCCCCCACCAGGGGUCACCCUAGACCAGGGCUCCCCCCUGGGUCAUCAUACGAUUCCCCCAUUACUCACCCAGCCACCCCUCAAGCAUGGCAGCCAGCCCCCACUUUCCCCCCCCCCCCCCCCCAGCAGGCACAACACCCUCACCUGGCACUAUUCACAAUGGGGUGGGGCAGGGCUAUAGGGAGCGGGUAGCUGAUUCAGGGUGCUGACCAUGUGCUGUGUGUACGGAGAGGUUGGCUGUUGUAAUCUCCCUCUCCCCCCAUUAAAGAUCCUCUCUGGUGCAGCAGGGAAUGCUCUGUGGAUGGUGCCCAUGGCCUCAGCCAUAGGGGGUGGGGACAUGGGAUUUGGACAGAGGGAUAGGAAUGUAGCACUGGUUCCUCCCCACCCAGAGAUCGAACCCAGGAGUCCUGGCUCUCAGCCCCCCUGCUCUAACCCACUAGCCCCCACUGCCCUCCCAGAACUGGGACAGAAACCAAUGUUCCCUCUAAUUUUUGACAGGCAAAUUUCUUCUGUGCAAAUUUUUGUGCUUCUGUGCACAGUGUUUUGCUGUGUGUGUGGGGGGGGGGUUAGGAUCUGUGUGCACGCGCACACACGCACAGCUUAGAGGGAACAGUGGAUAGAACCCAGGAGUCCUGGCUCCCAGCCCCCCUGCUCUAACCCACCAGCCCCCACUCCCCUCUCAGAGCCAGGAGAGAACCCAGGAGUCCUGGCUCCCAGCCCCCCCCGCUCUAACCACCAGCCCCCACUCCCCUCCCAGAGCUGGGAUAGAACCCAGGAGUCCUGGCUCCCAGCCCCCCUGCUCUAACCCACCAGCCCCCACUCCCCUCCCAGAGCCUGGGAGAGAACCCAGGAGUCCUGGCUCCCAGCCCCACUGCUCUAACUCACCAGCCCCCACUCCCCUCUCAGAGCUGGGAUAGAACCCAGGAGUCCUGGCUCCCAGCCCCCCCUGCUCUAACUCACCAGCCCCCACUCCCCUCUCAGAGCUGGGAUAGAACCCAGGAGUCCUGGCUCCCACCCCCCAGCUCUAACCCACCAGCCCCCACUCCCCUCCCCAAGCUGGGAUAGAACCCAGGAGUCCUGGCUCCCAGCCCCCCCUGCUCUAACUCACCAGCCCCCACUCCCCUCUCAGAGCUGGGAUAGAACCCAGGAGUCCUGGCUCCCAGCCCCCCCUGCUCUAACCCACCAGCCCCCACUCCCCUCCCAGAGCCUGGGAGAGAACCCAGGAGUCCUGGCUCCCAGCCCCUACUCCCCUCCCACAGCCAUUUCCCUCUCCAGGGUCUCAUAAGGCAUGUGUGUUUGCAGCCCAUCCUGGCCCUGUCCCGGCUCCUGGUGGCUGGGACACACAGAGGCUGCUGGGCCAGUCCAGAGGUGGGUCUGUUAGUGCCCAGGGUAGUGACUCUGCUGGUUCGAUCGUGCUCUGGGUCGGUGACCCACCUGGUGCCGUGACCAGGGCUGUUGGGAUUUCCCCUCGGAGGGGGCCCUGCAGCGAGUUCACCGCAAUAAUGCAGGACGCCACAGAGCGUUAAUGCACAGCAGCUUUGUCUGACACAACCCGGGCGACCCACCCCCCCACCCACAGGAGGGGCUUUGCCCAGGGACACCUUCCCUCCACGCAGGUGCAAUUACAGGAGUGCGAUUCCUGCACCAUGACUGCACCCCGUCCUGCCAACACAGGCAUCCUCCAGAAACAACAAUCCCCAGUGCUGCCCCCAGAGAUCGCCACACACGCCGCAAAAGAGGGCAGGCUCAGCACUCAGUCAAACAGGUGGGGAAACUGAGGCACAGGGAGGGGAUGCGUGUGGCCCAACUUAACCCAGCUGGCCUAGCUGGGAAUAGCACCCGGGGCUCCUGAGUGCCAGCCCAGUGCACUACCCGCUGCCACUGACACUGGGACUUAGCCAGUGCCAGCCGGGGCAGGGCGCGGGCAGAGAGCCCAUCGAGCAUCACACUAGGCAUCCCCAUGCUUCCGUGUGGGAGUCGGUGACUGACUGAUGGGGGGGUGCCCCCUAGGGGUGGGUCAGCCAAUAACUGCCCUGGGCAGGGCUACUGGGGCACAGCCCAUCUGUUCUGUAUCUGUCCAGUGCCUGACACACUGGAGGCCUGAGCCGCCGGGGCUGCCAGGCACCACUGUAAUACACCUAAUAUAUAAUGUACAGCACCUGGCACACUCGGGGCCUGGGCUGUGGCUGUGGCUCCCGGCACUAUCAUAAUACACCCAAUGUAUAACGUACAGGACCUGACACACUCGGGGCCUGGGCUGUGGCUCCCGGGCACUACCGUAAUACACCUAAUAUAAAUGUACAGCACCUGGCACACUUGGGUCCUGGGCUGUGGCUGUGGCUCCCGGGCACUACCGUAAUACACCUAAUAUAUAACAUACAGCACCUUACACACUGGGGGUCUGGGCUGUGACUGGAGCUCCUCUGUGCUCCCAUAACACAAUUAUUUAGUAACAGUGCCUCUGCCGCUCGUGCGGCUGGUGCUGGCUGCUGCGGUGCCCAGAGACUGGGCUAGAUGGGCCCCUUGGGCCAAGGCUUCCCUUGGGGCCUGUAGUCACUGACUGUUUAGGCUCUCCCCGGCUCAGGUGACGCGGUGGGAAGAGGGCAGCGCUCUGACCCUCUCCUCCACAACGAGCUCCGGCCAGCAGAGGCGACUGCCCCACAGGGUAACCUCCACCAGCAGAGCACGGGGGCCCUGUCCCCCACUGCCAUAAACAUACAGCCAAGGGGAGCAUCAAAUCCCUCCUUUACCUGUAAGGGGUUAAGCAGCUCAACUAACCUGGUUGGCACCUGACCAAAGGACCAAUAAGGAAAUAAGAUACUUUCAAAUCUGGGGUGGGGUGGGGGGGUUGUUUGUGUUCUCUUUGUUGUUCCCUCUGGAGAGAGAGAGCGAGAGAGAGAGACCAAGCAGGUAACCAGCUCCUACUGAAAUGAUACACCUACAAUUACAGCGAUUGUAAGUAAUAGCAAGGAAAUGUGUUAGAUUCUCUUGGGUUUUAGCUUGUGAAUCUCCCCUGUGCUAAGAGGUAGUUUUAUUCCUGUUUUUGUAACUGUGGAGCUGAGUCCAGAGGGGGAAUCCUCUGUGUUCUGAAUCUUUUUAUUACCCUGUAAAGUUACCUUCCAUCCUGAUUUUACAGAGGCGAUUCUUUUACGUUUUUCUUUGUAAUAAAGUUCUUCUUUUAAGAACCA